AAAAAUUAUCUGCAUGACGCAUUGAAUGCUCUCGAUGGACUUUUGGGCCUUCGAGUGCAUGUGAAUAUCGCCCGUUUUACAUUACGCAAGUUGCAUCAACAACCGGAGGAAACGGUUGAUGAUUUCAUUUUACGUAUUCAGCUAGCCAUUCCAGAUUGCCGUUGUCAAGAGGUGCCACCAUCCAAGUUCGAAGAAGUCAUGGCAACCCAGUGCUUAUUGGCAGGAGUCUUGGAAGAUAAAGCUCGUGAACGACUACUAUCAACGGAUGACGGUGCACUCAGUUAG